AUGUUUAAGACUAUUUUUUUUUAAGAAUUAGGAAGCUUAAUUAAUUGCUUUAAUUUUAAUAAUUGUGAAAAAUAACUAUUAGCUCCAAUUAAUUUAUUUUGCUUUUAAGAAGAAUUCAUAACAGCCUUUAAUGCCCAUUCAAUAGAUAAUGAAAAACAACAAUUCAAAAAAAGUAAUAUUCUCAUAGAAGAUCUAAUUUUUGGAUACAUUUUUAAAGAGUAAUAAAUUAUGUAAAUAUUUAAUUUAGUUGAAACUUGUAAUUUUAGUAAUAAAUAGGUUUUUAAGGAUGAGCAAUAUAAAUUGAAGCUUAAAAAAAUACAAUAAUUUCAAUUUCCCAGUUUUAGUUCAAGAAUAUUUCUACUUUAUUUUUUAAAUAUUAAGGAUUUGUGGAUCAAUUUAUUUAGAUGGAAAUUUAGCAGAAACUCUUGAGUUAUUAUUCUCUUUAUUGAUUAUUAAUAAUAUUUGUACUAAGGAAAAGGAAGAUGCAUUUACAUAAAAUAAGAUUCUCCUAAUAUUUCUAAAUCUAUUUAUCAGUUGGAUAUUCAAAAUAUCUUAUUCUAAACUUGGAACUUACUUAGAUGUUGUACAUUCCAAUGUGGUUUCAAAAUAGCAAAUAAUGAAAUUAAAUUCCAUUUUUAUUCAAAAUACUUUAGAGGGAUUUAAGAAUUAUUUAAAUUAAUAUACUCAACUAUCAAACUAAGAUUAAUUAGCUUUAAUUAAUUAAUGA